CUACAGCGUCGCUCUGCUUGUAAUCGUGGAGCCGGACUUCUCCCAAAUCAACGAAUUGUUUCCAUAGUUCGUUAUUAUUUCCAUAUAUGAUGUAUUUAUGGAAUCAAAGUGAAUAAGUUUUUGUUUAUUUUUGCUGUGCUUGCAACUCUACGUGGCGUUAUCUCUUCGGAAGUUAUUUGAUUUUUUGUUCAACGCCAUUAAACAGCACCGGAAUCUGUACCGCAAUCCGAAAACAUGUCGAACUUAGAGAGUCUCGAUGAUAUUAUUAAAAAGUCUAGGACAUCAAAACCUGGAUUACGUGGUAGAGGAAACCCAAAAAAUUCUGCCAAAAAUGGAGCGAAACCAAAUGGUGCUGCAAAUGGUCGAUCAAAGCCUUUGCAUCGAAUUGAAGAUGCUCGUUUCAAAAUAAUACAAAAAAAGAGGAAACAUAUUACUGAUGCACGAGAUAAAUUAGCACAAAUUGCUAAGCAAAGUGAUGCCCGUUUGAAAUUGCAGAAGUUGAGAGCUUCUAAUCCUAAAAAAAUUGUGUCUCAAAACCAAGUACACAAGCCAAUUAGAAAUGGGCAUGCUUCUGUAGUUUCAUCAAAGUACCCUCCAAUGCAUGCUCCACGUCCAGUAACAGUAGAUACACAAAGGACUGUGAACUACAGACCUCCAGUUUCACCAGAUCCUCAGUUUUUCAAUGAUAUGCUCAUGAAUUAUGCAGAAGAUUUUCUUAUAGAUCAACAACGUCAAGCUAGUCUUAGAAGAACUGUCAAUUACCAGGAAGUUCCAGUGAAUCCUGCUAUGUUCAACUUUAAAUCUAAUAACUAUUUUGAUUGGGACAAAGCAGUUCCCGUACAUCAUACUGCCCCUGCACCUAGAAAUCAAUCAGUGCGAAUUUCAGAUCAUAACAGCAGACCUCGUGAUUACAAAGUUAUUCCUCGUACAGGAAUGUCAACAAAAAUGGAGCCAUCAACAUCUUACAAAAGCAAAGAUUCUUGGCCUUAUGCUUCAAAGACGAGAACAAUUUUACCAGAAAGUUCAAUGGAAUCCAAAUACUAUUCCUCAAGGAACCAUAGAGAAACUGGAGUUAAAUCUAGAUUAGAUUCUUCACCAAUGAAGCCAACUCGCUCUCCAGCAACUUCUUCUCAUUCUAAAAGCAAUAGCUCUCCAACAUCUCAUGGAUUCAGAAUUGUUGUAUCUAAUCUACAACCAAAUGUCACUCAAGAAGAUAUCAAGGAAUUAUUUGAAGACGUUGGAGAACUGUUGAUUUCAAGAUUAGUAAGGCCAGGAAUUGCUGAAGUUAUUUAUAAAACACUGAAAGAUGCAACAAAAGCUGUCGAGACGUACCAUAAUCGUCAGUUAGAUGGACAUCCCAUGAAAUGUUUGCUCGUUAAUCCAAGACCAAAAACAUCAUCGUCAUCCACAUCAUCUAAUAGAGUAUUAGCGAACUCAAGAGGUUCAGGUUUUCAAUCUAAUUUAGUGCAUCGUUCCAUUUAUUAACUACAUUUUUCCUUAUAGAAAUCAGUGAAUUUUCUAUAUUUUAUUUUAAGAACACUAUAACAUUUGUAUUAAAAACGACUUAUAUAUAAA